AUGCCGUCAGAAUUAGAAGAGCUCGUCGGCUUCAUCGCCCACGCCAACCCCCAGAUCCGCCUCGCGGCUACGGAGAACCUGGUCCCGUACUCGACCUCGGACCCCGAGGUCUUCAAGGCAGAUGGCCUCAAGCCGAUAAAGAACCUCAAGCUCCUCAUCAAAGACCACCCUAAAAUCGCCGAGCAUGUCCUUACCAUGCUGGUCAACCUCUCCGGCGACCCGGAUGUAUUAUCAGAACUGGUCAAAGAUGAAAAGUUCCUGGACACGCUGCUGUCAUACAUCAUUCAACCAGAGGAGCCCAACGCCGACGUCCAGGCCAUGCUCCUCGCCAACAUCUCCAAGGACGAUUCCUUCCUGUCCGUGAUAGACCGCACGCAAAAGGCGCCCGCGGAGCUGUCCCCGUCCGAGCGCGUCAUCGACCAGCUCAUGGACCUGUUCGUCAAGGGCCAAGACGGCAGCUACAACAAAAAGGCCAACUUCGACUACCUCGCCUACGUCUUCGCCAAUCUGUCCAAGCACGAGCGCGUGCGGCAGUACUUUUCCUCCCCACAGGACUACGACGGCGUCGUGCCGCUUGGCAAGAUCAAGGUCUUCACCGAGCACAAGUCGGACGUGCGCCGCAAGGGCGUCGCCAGCACCAUCAAGAACGCCGCCUUCGACAUCGCCGCCCACCCCUCCUUCCUGUCCGACGCGGGUGUCGACAUCCUGCCCUACGUGCUGCUGCCCAUCACGGGCAACGAGGAGUACGACGUCGACGAGGCCCUCGCCAUGCUGCCCGACCUGCAGCUCCUGCCGCCCGACAAGCGCCGCGACCCGGACCCGGCUAUUGUGCAGACGCACGUCGAGACGCUGACGCUGCUGACGACCACGCGCGAGGGCAGGGACCUCAUGCGCGAGGUCAAGGUGUAUCCCAUCAUUCGCGAGACGCACGCGCGCGUCAACGACGAGGGCGUCAGGGAGGCCUGCGACCGCUUGGUGCAGGUGCUGAUGCGGGAUGAGGAGGGUGAGGGCAAGAGUGAGGCGGAGAUGAUGGCGCACAUGGGAGAGAACCCGCGCGUGCAGGAGAUUGAGGCGGAUGAGGACGACGAGAUUGUUGAGGUAUGA